UCGUUUGUGCUAUGAACUUGGUUUGUUAUUAAUCCAAGAUACGUUUUUCAUAGAAUUUUGUGCUGUUUACUUUGGAUGACCCAUUUGAAGAAAAACUUUAAUACUAUUUUGAUAAACGAUUUGAUUCUAUUAUUGGUUUUACGUUUUAACCUUAAAAGUUAGUGUAUACAAUGCCGACGAUGUUCUGGUAGUCUUUUGUAGACAUGGAUUCUGUACCAGAUACUUCUUCGGCUAAGAAUCCAAUAAAGAAUGAUCCUGACAAUGAAAAGGAGAAAAAAUGCAAGAGUACGCCCCGUCAGCGCGCCGCAAAUGACGAUGGUGAAAAUGUGUUUACAUCAAUGUCAAAUCCAAACGAAUCUGGCUUAACCCCGCGAAAUGAGCCUCGGACCAGAAAUUUUAACUCUGUAUCGAGUAACGAAUCUCGUCAAUCGAGUAAAUUAAGUGAGAAUAGCUCAGAAUGUUUCAAGAACAGUGUUAGUCAACCAGAAAUGUGUAACAGGUUGAGCUGCUCUAGCACUGAUCCUCCAGAGACUCCGAGCAGCAGCCGAGCGGACUCCAGCACCUGUGAUAACGGGGUCGAGCCCGUCUCUGACGUACAGACAUGCCACAGACACAAAGUGUGCCAGGAUAAAGCAGGAGUUACAUAUAAUUUACCUUCAACAAGCAGUGCAAGCAAAACUUGUGAUGGUUCAGAAAACAGUGGAUUCAAAGAAAGCAGGAAGAGGCCUUCAAGUCUAAAAUUGAGCAGGCCAAAUCUAGAGGAAGACAGUUCAAGUGAUACAGGGAAUGAUGACUAUUCAUUGGGAUCAGAAGAUGGCUGCAUCUAUACAUAUAGAGGAGGAGAGCAUUUGGCUGACUUGCCCAGUUCAUUCUUUAGUCUAGACAUGGGUUUGCCACUUGACAAGCACCUGCCCAUGCCUCCCAAUUAUCAAGUGCCACAGCAAGGAGCUGCUAAUGUUCGCGAGCGGGAGUCUCGUGCUUCAAGUCCUGAUAUGGACUUCCUAGAAAUGGAUUUUGACCCAGGACCGUCUUGUGAAGUAGACACUGGUGAUGAAUCUACUCCGGAUGCUGAUUUGGAGGCUGCAAGUAAUAUGCCUGAAGAGAGUGAGCCUGUUAUAAGGGGGACAUCUCCAGAAUACUUGGCAACUGCCAGACCUAAUCCAGUGGUGGUGGUGCCACCUGUAUCAGAUGUGGACUUGUAUGAUGUGCCAUCAACUAGUCGUGGAGUCACGUCAGGCCAAGGAGAUGCUGAACCAAUGAGGAGUGCUCACACCAGCCAUGUGUAUUAUGGUCCUUACAUCACACAUGUGAAUGCACGAGGUGAACAGCUGCUGGUCCGCAGAACUAUGUCACAUUGGCCACACAGUGCUCCAGUCAGUCUUCAUACGUCAAGUGGUGAUUUAGUAUCACCAAGGGAAAUAUUAAAUUAUGAUGAAGAUCACAUAGAGAGGCAAUUUGCACAUCAGAUCAAUCAAGGAGAGCGGCCAACAUUUGAUUCAGUAAACUUAUCAUCAGCUCUGUAUCAUCUGACCAUGGCCAAGAAACUUAUGGUUGAAAAAACUAAAUCUGACAAUGAAAGCCAUGAUGCACCUAAUAUGGCCGGUGAUGCGUUAUGCUCUACAUCAGUGCUAACAGUGUCGGCGGGUCCGUCAACAAGCUGCACUUCAGCGGUGGGGUGUGUGGAGGCUCCGCGGUGCAUGGUGUGGUCGGAGCGCGAGGCGUGCGAGCGGCAAGUCACGCAGAUCGGCACCUCGGCCUGCGGCGCCACUGCUGUUGUUAAUAUCUUUAUUGCUUUGGGAGUGCCGGUGAAUAUAGAAAAGAUCAAUUCAGCUGUUAGUACACGACAGAGAGCCAACAAUGCACCUUUACCAAGAUACAUUUUGUCACGUGCUGUAGCGGGUUGCACAGCAGCCGACUUGGUGAAUGGCAUACAGAGAGCGUCAGAUGGACUGGUCACAGCUAGAUUCUUCCCAACAUACCCUGAACGCGCCGUGUCACUGUCCCAUUGGCUGGCCGACUGGAUUUCUCUAGGAGCUGUACCAAUCUUGACUCUGAACCUGCAAGUAGGUUGCGAAGGUGAGAUUCCCGACGCAUGGCACCAUCAGAUGGUGUUUGGGGUUUCCUCGCGAGGAGUGUACCUGUGCAACCCGGUGGAAUGUGUGAGGGAGACGGUGCUCUGGCCGCGUCUGACGUCACCCUCCGUGCUGCUGAUCAGAACGAGGGAUAUCGUCUGCAGGUUCAACACUUGCACCGACCUGACCCCUCUAAUGGCCGUGCCCGACCGCCGGUUUCAUACGUUUAAUGUUUUCGGUCAAGUAGUGAACGUGGUACGGGAAUGGCGGGAGCACGGCUCACGGACGCGACAUAUUAGGAUACCGGCGGCCUACCAGGCUGGGGUCACGGUGGCCGCGCUCACCGGCUCCGAGGCGCACCGCAGGCUCAUGCACGCCGCACAGCUACCCAUACUGGCCCCACAAACAGACCCCUGAGGUAAGUAUACCGGUUGCAUUGGCAUUGUACCGCCGACUGACACGGUAACGACACGGUCGCAACAACAGUAAGUUCACGUGGAAGUAUCCAAGAUCGAAGUUAUAUUUAUCAUAUUUAACAGUAGUUAAUAAUAUACAAAUGUCAAACAUCUCUUUAAAUGUAAGGACCGCGUGUCACGCCACCAUAAUAGCCGUGAAGAUUCGCCUGUGAUAACCCGAAGGAUAUUUCUUGAUGUUUUGGUUGUGCUAAAAUCAAGAUCUUCCUUGUUUAAUUGUUUGUGAACAUUGUGUUGUAUUGUUGCAUCACUGAUCAAAUUUUUAUAUUGUAACUCUUAUCGUUAUUGUAUACACUCUUUGGCCCGAGUUAGUUUGAAUGGAGGCGAUUUUGAGAUGAAAUGUAACACAUGUAAUCACAAGUACCACCGAGCUAUCAACAUGUUUAGAUGUAACUUACGCGAAGUAAUAUCAUAGGGUAACUAAGACAUUUUAUUCAAUGUUGUAUAUCAGGAUAUGCCUGCACAAAAUAACUGUAAAUACGAAAAGACAAAACAUACUAAUUCUUAUAUUAUCCGUAAUUGUAAACGUGUAUCACCUAUUCAUUACGUCAUAUCGCUCAAACAUCAUUAUUUUAUUGUACCUAUCGUGGUUUAAAUUUUAGUUUGUAACCUUUUUGUGUAACAGAAAUGUGAUUGGCUAAAUUUUAUUAGCCACAUUUAAAUGUAAAUAAUAUUAGCAAGAUACAUAAGUAUAUAUUUAGUCAAUUGGUGCUUACUAGUCAAAAUUAUAUUACCUAGCACAUGCAGUGUACUCGUAAUCGUUCAACACAGUGUAAUGUAGUAAUAUACAGCUGUUGGUAAAUUAUUAAUAUAUGUUGUUUGCCAAGUUCGCGGUAGCAUCCACUGCAACAUUAUUUUGUCUCUCUCUGUCUCUUUGUCAUUUAAUUACGUCGCAUAACUUAAUAAAUCUAUCUGUCUUACUUACGCACAUUUGUAAGUGUUUUGGUCCAUUGAUUUCUCUUUGAAAUACUACAAAACCGCGAGCUAGACCAAUAACAUAUCUGUAUAAGAAAGCUAGCAUCUUUUUAAAUUAAUUUACCAAUAUCUCGUAUGUAUUGGCACGUUGUUGUUAUUCUUUGUACCUAUUUAUUCUCUUAUGCAUAUCGCUCAGUGAGGAUCAUUUUAAAGCUGUAAAAUAUUAGCCCCCACAAGUAUUUAUUUCAACCAUACGAAUAAUUUGAAGGAUUUAUGACUUACAUUAGACAUUCUAAUUACUAAAACUAAUGUGUAUUUUCUAUCUAUAGCACCUUACUGAGCGUAAACAUACCUAUUGUAUGUGUGCCUAGUGUCGAUAAAUUUGUUAAGUUGAAGUCACUUUACUCGUAAGCACUGUGUAUAAAGGACAGUUUUACUGUAACCUAUAGACAUAAAAGCAAUGUUAUGUAUAACAUUAUAUUUUUGGAAUAUACUAUGAUAGAAUACGUA